UUCGGCUUUAACGUCAAAAUUGUUGGUAAGGAUUUAAGUAAAUUUGUUAAUUUGCUUUUAUUAAAUAAUUAACUCUAAGAUUUUUAUCACAAAUUAAAAUUCGUCACAAAUUCAUGUCAUUUUGAGGUAUGGGUCGUCUUACUGAUUCAAAAAGUAGAAAGAAAAUGUCUACCAUACUUAUUCAGCAUUCAAACUGAUCAUUUUUAGUUUUGUUUUAUGAUAUCGUCUGAUUUGCAGUGUUAGCAGCUGACGUUUUCAAUAAUAAAACUUAUUUUUCUGAAAAUGCUCUGCUUCCAGAUCUUGUUGUUUGUAAAUUUAAUCCACGGGCGGCAUUCUAGCCGUUUACUAGAUGCUUAUUAAGUAUCUGCUAUUCCUUCAAAUGUUCUGCCUUUAGCAAUGAUUCUGAGAUAGUUUCGACAACUGGGACUCGAUGCUUAGGAAAAUAAUUUCACAAUUAAUUAUCCAAUAAAUGCGUUGUCAGUUUCUAAAGGCCAUAUCUGUAUGCCGUUUUGGAGAGCUCCAAAAGUGACCAGCACUGAAGCUUUAGUUAUCACAACCCCCUACAGUGGUUAUAAAAGUAAGCAGAAAACACUACCUUUGAUGGCAUUGAUGAUCGAACUUGCCCUAGCAUUCUGAAGACAAGCAUGAUGGUGUAAAGACAUUAUAUUUCUUGUUACACAGCAUGGAAAUGUUGGUUUCCAAGCUUGGUUGGAUGCUUUUCAUGGUGUUUUGACAUCAAAUUAUAUCAGGAGUGAGAAUUUCACAGUAUUAGUGGACUCAUACAAGGAUCUUGAAAUUUGGUGGCAUAAUUUUAACACAAUGGGUCACAUGGGUUUGUUGCAAGCCACAGGAUUUCCAUCUGUUAGUCAUGAGUUGUUUCAUUGUUUUGGUAUUCAAGCUUUAACUAUAAAAUCUGUACUGAUAAAAAAAUCAGAUCUUGAAUCUGUUUCUUUGAUACGAAUGGGAAAAGUGCUGGAAGGUACUAUAAGAAGUUUAAAUUAUUUGCUUGAAAAGUUCUAUCAAUCCUUUUUCUUUUAUUUAUUACCAAGCACUGGAAGUUAUAUAUCUAUUGGGUUGUAUAUGCCACCUUUUGCUUUAAUUGCUUUAUCUGUAAUAAUUAAAGUUCUAUAUUUGUACUUAAAAUUUUAAAUAAUAAGUGUAUAUAUUCAAAUAAAAUCAGUAUUAAUUAUUUUAUAGUUUUUGGCAUGUUUAGUUUACAUUUACUUUUUGGCAUGAUGAUGCCUUUUUUCCUCCAUGUGUUUGAAUUAUGUAGAAAUUUCAUCUCCACUUUCAGCUGCAGAUUUGCUAUAUUUUGUUCACUUAUAAAUAAUGUUUUCAUGACCAUUAGUAACUUGUUAUUUUAAUGCUAAUUAUGGGUAAUGAAGACAGAAUUUUAUUUUAAAACGUGCACAGUCUUGUUGAUGUUAGGCGCAUUCCUGUUCACAUAGUAUUAGUAAAUGUUUCAAUAGUAUUAAUAUGAAGCUUAUUAUUUGCUCCUAUAUAACUCUACAAUAUAGUGGGAAAUUAUCAUUCCAAUAUUUUUAUUUCCUUCUGAUCAAUCCAUGGGUGUUUACGUACUUGAUUGUCUUUGUUCAAUCAUAUAUUAAUACUAAGUCAUAUAAUAUUGACUUUGUCUCGACAUUUGUAAUGCAUGUUAUAGAAAGACAUAAAAAGUUGUUAUUACACACUGUGGAGGUUAUGUACCUAGAUUGUUAAUUGGAAUUUCAGUUUUAUCUUUAAUUCUGUUACCAUUAUGGCACCAUUUACUGUCAAUAAAAAUAUUAAAAAUAAAGUA